GUCAUUUAAACGUUUGAACAAAGGGAAAUCAAUGGAAAUUUUGAAAACUUCAAUGUGCAACGAUUUUAUUUUUACAUGUCAACAGUGGACAAAGUGAAGAGGAUGAUUUUAACAAAAAAUUGUGAAAAUGGCGAUCGUAUUCUUUGAAAAUGAAUUCAAAUAUUGAUGAGAAACAGCAGAGUAAUUCCCCUAUCCAGCCCGAUUCACUAACAAUACAAUACUCAACAAGUGACCUUGAUAGUCCCAUAUCUUCAGACGAAGACAGCAUUAAUCUUGAAAUGAUUAAUGUAAAGUCAAAAGGAGAAGCAUUCUGUGAUUGUCACAAGAAAGGCAAAGAAAAAGAAUGUACCUGUGGAGAAGAAGAUACAUGUUUUGAUUGGACAUGGGAUGAGAAGAGUAAGUCCCAUGCAAGCUUUAUAAAAGAAGGAGAUAGAGAGGUUAUGUUUCAUAUAGAUUACAGUGGUGGCACGGCAGCUGUGCGGGGGGAUACAAAGUUACAUAAAGAUCAGUAUUAUUGGGAGAUCAAAAUGACAACACCUGUGUAUGGUACAGAUAUGAUGGUUGGCGUAUGUACAACAGAUAUAGAUUUGAACAAGUGUCGACAUGUAUUCUGUAGUAUGAUUGGUCAGGACUCAGAUUCUUGGGGACUAUCUUACACUGGGCACUUACAACACAAGAAACAUAAACAAUCAUAUUCCUCCAAGUUUGGUCAGGGUUCUAUAGUGGGGGUACAUUUAGAUAUGUGGCAUGGAACAUUGUCUUUCUACAAGAACAGAAAACCUUUAGGUAUAGCCUACACAGGGUUGCAAGGGAAGAUUCUUUAUCCAGUGGUUUCAUCAACGGCAGCUAGAAGUGGAAUGAAAAUAAUUAGAUGUUGUUCAUUUCCAACCUCAUUGCAAUUUAUGUGUUGUCAAGUUUUGAGAAAAGUAAUUCCGUCUCAUUUAGAUGUUUUAACUGCUGUAGAAUUACCACCUGGACUUAAAGAAUUUUUGAAGAACAAUGUUCAAUGGUUGUUACAACCAUUUCCAUCGUCAGCACCAGGGCCAUUGAAAUCCAGGAAAAGGACUCAUUCUGAAGAGGAUGCAGAUGGACCUGGUCCUAGUAAAAGAAUUAAAUAUAAAUUGUUAAAAGAAGACAAAUAAUUUUAAGUAGUUCUUAUAAAAGUUGUUAUUUUAAAACAUUUUAGACCCUGUUUGUGUAUGUAUGGGGCAUACUUCAAAGCUUUUUUUUUUUAUUUCAGAUUUGACAGUUGGCAGUAUAUCUUUUAAAUUACUUUUUACAGUAGAAGAGGUUUUUAUUUCCAUUUCAUUAUAGACAUAAGUGUAUGGUAAUUCAUCAUAGUUAAAAAGUAUAAUAUGUUUUACUAUUAUCAGAUCUAAUAUUGCAAGCACUAGUUAUCCAAAUUCUUAUAAAGGAAACCAUGUUGUAAGCUAUUAAGGAACCACACAAGACAGACAAUUUUUAACUUUGGUUAAAUGUUAUUGUAAUAUCGGUUAUUAUGAAGGAGCUUGUUUACCUUUUUUUUUAAAUCUCACUCAUCAACUAAAUGAAUUCUAAAGGAGAAUACACUUUCAUGAAUACCUUGGGAAUUACUUUUGUUUCUGAUGGUUCCAUUAAAAAUGCUUUAAACUUCUGCAUCAAAAUCAAAAUAUACUUACAGAACUUUUUAGCAUAAAGUUAGAAUUCAUACUCCCAACAUAAAAAAAUGGAAUUUAUUGGUGUAUUUUUUAUUUUUUUAUAAAUUUUAAUGACUAACAAUGAAGUUAAUGUUUACAUAAAACACUGGUAUUAUAUGAACUGCUUAACCUGUAGCGGCACAUGAAAAAACAAAACAUGAUUCAUAGCUAUAAUAAAAGGGCAAAUUCUUACCAUUUAUCAUAAGUUUAUGAAACAAACUUAUCAAUUUAACUUUUCCUGAGACACAUAAGGUGAUGACUUAUUGGAGAAAAUACUUUUUACUUGGAAAUUUCCACACUCCUGAGGAUUACUUUUCUUAUUUUUUAAAUUAUUGAUGUAAAGCCUUUAAGGGACCAAUGUCACCCCCACAGCAAAUGUUAUUCAUUGAAAUCACAGAUGCAUCUUAGAUUACAAUAUAAAAAAAGAAGAUGAAGUAUGAUUGCCAAAGAGACAACUCUCCACAAGAGACCAAAAUGACUCAGAAAUUAACAACUAUAGGUCACCUUCAACAAUGAGCAAAGACCAUAUCGCAUAGUCAGCUAUUAAAGGCCCCAGGCCCCAACAUGACAAUGUAAAAAAAAUUCAAAAGAGAAAACUAACAGCCUUAUUUACAUCAAGAUUGAGCACAAUCAUAUUAAUUUUGAUGCAUAUUUAACAUCAAUUUAACUUUCAAUAUCUUUAGCUGCCACAGCCCUGUACAAUAUUCAGAUAUGGUUUUUUUUUAAUGUUAAUUUAACCAAAAUUGUGCUGUGUAUUGGAGUAUGAGUUUUAUGUUGUAUCAUUUUUAUGCUAGAGUUGCUUUGAUGAAAUCAUGCAUUUGGGUCAGUUUCUUAGAAACACAUUUUCAUAGUUUUUAUGUUGUCUAAAACAGUUAUUAACGAAUAAUUCAGUCAAAAUGUCUUAUAUUUCAUGUGCGACAGUUUAAGUAACUCUACUGAAGUUUAUGUUAGUUGUAUAACCCUAAAUCCAAAACAAAAAUUUCUUAAAUAAGCAAAAAACAGUAAAAAUGUGACUAUACAUAUAAAUAUUGCUACUUUUUCAUUUCAAUUCCAUUACUUACCAAAUGUUAUGUACCUUAUACAUAAUGCUUAUUACCACAAAGCUCAGAUCAAUUACAAAUAUGGGAAGGGUCACUUCUACCGUUCUUGAGUUAUGUCCCUUUAUAAUGAAUCAUCUGAUCUGUGUCCCAUGGACAAAUUCCCCAUUUAUUUUCACCAACAUGUAAAUUCAUUUUCAUGGAACUACUGAUGACAAGACAGAAGUAGGCAAAAUCAUAAGUGCAAGCUGAUGAUUAAUAAAUGUAAUUGUAACCUUUUAUGUCCCCACAAUUUAGUUUAAGGCAAAUUAAGUGUUCUUAGAUAUACAUUGCUCUUCUUUGUUGGUUAGAGGAGGGACUGAAGGGAGAUAACUGAUUUAUAUAUUUUAUUACAAUGUAAAAUUAAUUAAUUUUGUAAUACCAAAGAAAGCAUAUUAUUAUUUUAACUUAAGCGUAUAGUCAAUGGCAUAUUUAAAGUCACAAGUAUUGUGUGAGUAAAUUUCAGCAUAGUUUAAAAUAAAAUAAUUCAUAUUUAUUUAAUAGUCUUUUUAGCGACAUAGUAAAGCUUUUAAGUAGUGUACAUUUUUUUUAAUUGGCCACAAAAAAUUUUCUCAUGACUUUGCAUCUGUGGUUGUUGUCCAACAUCGUCCAUUUACUUUUACAAAAAUAAGUUCUUCUUUGAAAUUAAUGAAUCAAAUUAAGCCUAAAUCAUCAUUACAGUAUCUUUUUAAAAAAUCUGUCCAAUAUACUUUUUCUGCCAAUCAACAUGGUCAACAUGGCUGAAUAAAGCAGAUAGUGGUCAAAUGCAAAAUUUUGAUAACUGCUUUAAAAAAAUAUCAUUAAAAGUCAGCAAGACAGAUAAACAAAUAAGUCAAUAUACUGGUAGAUAAAAUUGUUCAAUCACUCUUUUAAGGAGUUAUUUCCUUAAUAUAUGUGUUAUCAUGUCGUCUGCAUCGUCGUUGGGAAGGUUGGGAUUGACUUUGGGGGUUAUGGUCCCAAUAGUUUAGGAAUUAGGGGCCAAAAAGGGGGGUCCAAAUAAGCAUUUUUGUAGCAAAAAUGAUCAGCAAUGCAAGUAUGUGCAUAUAAAAGUUCUUAUAAGUAUAACUGGCUAAUUAUUUUGUUCACCAGAUUCAGUGAUACAGGCACAGGUGUGCAUCAUGUUCUUGUUCAGCACCUUGUUUAAAAAGCUUUUUUUCAAUUAUCAGUUUUGGAUUUUACGAAGUUGACGGUGCCAUAAUAUAUAUAAUAGUUUUACCUUUGUCCGAAAUUCCGUCAUUCCGUCAUUCCGCAACAAACCAUUAUACAGAGUUUUUUUCUAAAAGCCUUCAGAUAUUGGGCUGAUUUUUGGUAUGUGAGUUAACCAAGAUGAGUUACAGAUCAAAUUUAAGUUUCGUUCUGCUCCACUAAUUUUUGCCAAAAUUAAGGGUUUACAACUUUUAAAAUUGUUGAAAAUCACAGUUAUACAGACUUUUUUUUCUAUACGCCUUCCGAUUUUGAGUUGAUUUUUGAUAUGUGAAACGACCAUCAUGUUUGUGUCCUCAUCUGUUAUUGAAAUUGCAGAUUUUUCAAUUUUUUGUGACGGGGCCAUUUGUGUUGCUUUGACACAUCUAGUUUAUUUAUUAAUUACCUGAAUAUACAUCUACUUUAAACUUUUUUUUCAUUUUGCAAAUAAUGUACAUAAUUAUGUAAGCUAGCUUACUGCUAGUUCUUGACUGUUAAAAAAUAGUAUAGGUUUUUAUUAAUACAAUUGUACAUUCAUAUAUAUUAUGAAUAAUACUUUCAAAGCUACAGUAUCUGUUUAUUAAAUAUAUGUUUUA